AUGCUUCCUCACCUCGAAUCAAUCCCUGUCGAUGUUCUGUCCCAGAUAGCUUUCUUCACUGUUGCUUCCGCACCAUUCACCGGUCUUGGUGCUGUUCUCCAGCUACUUUUAUGUAGCCGCAAUCUACAUGACGCCCUCUCUCUGACAUCUUGCCCCCAGCUUUAUGCGCGGGUGUUUCGUAUUAGAUUUGAUUUAGUUGCUCAUCUCCGUCGCAGCAAACUAGCAUCUCCUACGACUACGAACUUGGCAUUGGAGUUACAGCGUCGAUGUGCAGUACUUCGACGCAUCCGGCAUCGCCAUGUUGCCGAUCACAGUAUCCUUCCCGACCUCUGGACAAUCUACCUAAUGCUGUUGGAGAGCGAUGGGAUGAACGAAUCUCAACUUCAUUCUGCCGGCAUCGCGCAAUAUAUACGUAUACUGUUGAAACGUUGCCUUGGCCAGCAAGGGGUUCUUCCUAUAUCUGUCGCAUGUUUGGUUUGGUCUCACAGCGUUCCUGAUUUAAUGCAUCGUCCAGAGUUUAUUGCCGAUAUGCCGUCGGAGGAACGCAGUCAAACCCUUUCGGAACUAAGACCUUUUGUCACAGGGUCGUCAAAUGUGAUGAACGGGAUGAGACGAUGUCCUUUAUCAUUUGACGGAUCGUACAACCGAGCACUAGAAAUGAUGCCCGGCGCUUGUGUCGGAAAUAAUUACCGGUCACUCUUCUCCUCGAUUUACACUAGGGAAUACACGUUAACCGCUCCCAGCCUUCUUUCUGCGUCAAUUUUCCUAACUUUCGCGCUGAAGGAGGCGAUUGCUCUCCAAGUGCCUAAACAUUUGCCACAAACUCAAGUGGUCGCGCGCCCCACGGAACACGAUGGUCCUACUAUAGAAGACUUCUUUGCCAUCACAAGAAGAAGGACACCUCUUGUCGCUGAUUCGGGUCAUCAAAACCCCUCCCGUGAACCCUUCGCGGAUCGUGCAGGAAGGAAGAUGCGGGCAUCAAGAAGUCUCGCUCAUGAUGAAGAGUUCUAUCGUGUUGCCCAUCGCCUGGGUUUACCGGAUGACACUUGGGAACUUCGGUCGUGCAUUGGGUUACUAAGUGGAACUUGGGAAGAUUUCGUGUCCAGACAUCCUAUCCAAUGCCGGCUUGAGGAACACCUCUGCUUCACACCAUGCAUGCCAUUGCCUAGCGUUCCGCGGAACGCAAAUGAAUUUUCGGACGCCACAGGAACAUCAAAACAUCGAUAUGAACUUUUUCGCCCAACCGAUACCUCCGAAAACUACAGGGACCCACGGCAUGCCCUAGAUGUCGUGAUCACUGGGGAAACUCCACGCAGGUUGGAAGCCACCUGGGGUGCAUUUAUCUUCUUUGGAAGGAUCCGCUUAUCUGAUGGACUUGUCACUCUGACGAGAAAACCAAAAUACUCGGGUGACGAAGGACGUGGGACGUGGAUCUUUGAAGGUUACAUCCACAACAGACGCUCCUUUGUCGGACGCUGGAGGUCUUUUGGUGUGUCUGAACGUGAGAGCUUACGGGGCAUUUUCAGCCUGACUAAGGUAGAUGAUCCGCCUUCCCAUCUUUACCCUGGACUGUAG